CCUCACAGGUAUCCGUAGUGACGUCACACUCAAAACAGGAAGCGUUUUACUACCGGGUGAUUCGAGCGAGUGGAUCUUCUCUUAAAACCAUUUUUUCCCUCAGAAAUGUCACAGGAUACCUGGUUACAAAAUUAUGACGCUACUUGUCGGCUGGCACAAGAAAUUGCUGAAAACAUCCAUGAACGGAACAGGCAGCAAAGGACAGGGGGUAACCCCGCCAAGAUCAACAUGACACUACGGGCGUCGUUGCAGAAGCUCAAACAGAAUAUCGCCCAGCUUAAAGAGAACUUGUUGAGGGCUUCAUCAUCACGACGCAUAAUGCAGUCAGAAGGUGACCGGCGACAGAAUCUCAUUGACGACUUGCUGACCAGGGAGAAACAGCUCAAUGCCACAUUUAAAGGCGAUGUCGCAGAGCCUGGACCUUCCAGAUCAACCUUAAUGGCAGGAGGAGCAGGAAUGAGCGAAGACGUCACAGCAAACCCGUGGCUUAUUAAUGAAACAGAGGAAACCAAGGGCUUGACUUUUGGAGAGAUUAAACAGCAGCAACAACGAAUCGUCGAAGCCCAGGAUGCAGGUCUAGAUGCACUAGCAGCCGUCAUCAGCAGACAGAAGCUCAUGGGACAGGAGAUUGGCAAUGAGCUGGAUGAACAAAACGAAAUCAUCGAUGACCUCGCGCAUCUCGUGGACAAGACAGAUGGCCGCAUUCAUAAUGAGACACGACGGGUGAAGCUAGUGGAGAAAAAGUCAGCCUCUUGUGGGAUGCUGGUGGUGAUCGUGCUGCUUCUUAUUGCCAUCAUCAUGGUCGCCGUGUGGCCUGUGUAGCGUUAGGAGUGGACCUGUGCUGGACGACUACUUGGAUUUACACGGACAACGCAGCUAAGACAUUUCUCCUCUUAUCUUAUAUUAUUAAUGUGUUAAAUUAAGUCAUUCUUUGAAUCAUUUUUCACACUUGGUUGUAUUUGUGCAACUACAACUGCAAUAUUGUCAUAUGUUUUGUUUGUAAGCAGAGCCCCUCUUAAAGGAACAUGCUCUUGAAUUACUAACAUAAACUUCUUCCGUCACUGUUAAGAAAUCACAGCAGUAAUUUCAAAUAAAUUACAUUUACACAAAAAAAAAAUCCCAAAGAUCCUGGCUGACGUGUUUUAAAUCAGUGUUUUUGACCAUUGCUAGCCCGCGGCAAAAAAUAUGUCAAAGACUAUACAAAUAGGAGCCACUGCCUCCCUGCUUGGCACUCAGCGUCAAGGGUUGGAAUUGGGGGUUAAAUCACCAAAAUGAUUCCCGAGCGUGGCCACCGCUGCUGCUCACUGCUCCCCUCACCUCCCAGGGGGUGGAACAAGGGGAGGAGUCAAAUGCAGAGGGUAAUUUCACCACACCUAGUGUGUGUGUGUGACUAUCGUUGGGACUUAAACUUUAACUUAACUUUAACUUCUCAGCUGUGGUCCGUAUGGUACACAGUAGUAAUACACUUUUCCACCACUUGUGGCAGUAAUGACAUUGUGAAAUAAACAGAGGAAGUCUGGAGCUAAAGUCAUAGAGAGGUUUUGUAAGUGCAAACAUUAAGAUUAAUUUAGUUGAUUUAUUUUAGCACAACAUUAUUGUAUUUACAUUUAUUUUUCUUUAUUUAUUUAUGAGUCCCUUCUUAUGCAUUAUUUUUGGUUUGUACUUCUUUUUCAACUCAGCCUGACCUAAGCUUAAGGUUCAGGUGUCAAAUAAAUGAUAAUCUUUGUGAUUAACACAUGGUUUCCUAUCAUUUGACAAAGUUGUAAACUAAGUAGGUUACAUUUUAUCACUGAAUAUGAUUAAAAUCAAUAUUAAGAUUACUAAGUCAGUGAGUUUGAAUGGGCCCCAGGCCCCCUCUGUAGUAGAAAAGUUGGGCCCCAAGGUCAAAAAGGUUAAGAACCCCUGUUUUAAAUGAAGACUUCAUUGUAUUUAAGAGGGGCGGCUGCAGGGCUACAUUUCUAAUAACUGGCAUUUGAACACUUUUCAAAUAUUUACAUGAAAACAGUAAGAAAAACCAUAUUAUUUUUCAGUGUAACAAGAGUUUAUUUGAAAAUCUGCCUUUAGGUCUACCAGCUUGGUAUGUUCAGUAGUUAUAAUUUCCUUCUUGAAUUAACAGCAACAAUCUAAACAAUGACAAGCAAUUUAAAAAAAAAAUGUUGAGAAAGAAAUCCACAAUGUAUUGUGUCAUUAAAUAUAUUCAUAUAUAUAAUAACCGUAAUAUAUUAGUACACAUUGUAAAACAACAUUGCAAAUGUGACAACUAAACAUUUACAAUUCAUAGUAUGAACACAAAGCAACACUUUAAGACUUUAAGCUUCUUUUUUUUUUUCCAAACCUUUGCUCAGGACGUCAUGGUUCUUAAAUGUACAGAUGUUAGCUUAGCACUCGCAAAAACACUGAAAUGAACGAUUGUACAUUUAUACCUGAACUUAAAGUACAUUGUUUAUUUUUUGCUGGAGCAGAGUCAGAACUUCAUCACUGCAAGAAAGACUCAUUGUACAAUCAACUUGAGCCCAGUAUUGAAUAUGCAGGAUGUAUUCAUUGUUGUAAGAUGGGAGGAAAAUUCAGAAAAAUCCUCAAAAUAUUUGUAAAAAAUGUAUGAAAUUGCUGAGAUUUUUUUUUUUUUUUAAAUGUUUGUCAUAAAAAAUGGUAAUUUUUUUUGUGACAAACAGACCGAAUACAAAAAAUACAAUAAGUACACAAUGUACAGUUAGCUUGGACUUUCUCCUAUGCAACCCUCUUUUAAAGUCAUGGCGCGAUUUUGUGAGAAUUAUCCGGAAACUACAAAUAAUUUAGCUCAUUUUGCGUUCAUAUGGGAAUAUUUCGCUAAACAUUCGACUCGCAUCCCACUCCUCAAAUAAGUCGACUAUGGCUGUAAUUAAAAAAACUCAACAUAUUUGCCAUCAUUUGAAAAAACAUUAUUUACAUUAUUUUCAUUACAAAAACAUUUCAUAUGUUUAUAGUUUUCUCGUACAGGUAAAUACAUUACAAUACAAUUUGCAACAUUUAUUGUAGAAAAUGCUAUCAAAUUUCAGUCAUUAGGAAUCAUUGCUUACCCUCAAUGACUUGUCAAAUGUAUUAUAUACUUUUUUCGUAAAUUCUUCUGUACUACCUACAAAGUUUUUAAGUCAGUUAAAGGCUAUGUUUCUUUGUUUUAGGCCCUACAUGUACUUAUAGUACAUUUUUAAUACUGUUUGUUAUCUCCUGAUAUAAAGCAACCACACACUCUGUAUUAUCUCCUUACAGCUAAGUCAUCCAUUUUUAUCUAAUUCAACUCUUAUAAAUAGAAUGUGUUGUAUUGUUUAGUUUCACUGACUCACCUUG